AUGGAUUGUUCUAACGGUUUUCUGAAAACAAGGUCAAGAGAUGUUUCGCUGAAGGAACUUAGCAGAAGGUUGGCUGAGUUUGCUGAAGUGAGAGGAUGGGAUCAAUAUCACAGUCCUAGAAAUCUUCUUUUAGCUCUUGUUGGAGAGGUGGGGGAGCUAUCUGAGAUAUUCCAAUGGAAAGGAGAGGUUGCAAAGGGAUUACCCAAUUGGAGUUGUGAUGACAAAGAACGGUUAGAAGAAGAACUUUCAGAUGUAUUGCUGUAUCUAAUUCGUCUUGCUGAUGUUUGUGGUCUUGAUCUUGGCCAAGCAGCACUAACCAAAAUCGUCAAGAAUGCUCAGAAAUACCCAGUUAGUAACCAUACACCCACUUCAACUAGCAACCAACCAUGA